UAAAGGUCUACACUGGAGCUUGUAUCUAAUAAAAGACACAUCUGUCGUCUUCUCCAUUUUAAGUAAAAAUAUAAAUGUGGAAUUCAAUACAUCUAUUUUGUGUCCUGAUGGCAGAAUAACAAGAUUCUGCUUCUGUAAAACUUGCAUCCAGCCGAUUAAAGCAACCAUGGCUUUCUUUGAGAGUGUAUGGAAUGUCGUAUACAAAUUCUGGUAUGGUGUUGAAAUGUUGUCAAAAGCCUGGAGAAAAGUAAAUUGGGACAGUAAAAGUGAGCUCGAAAACAGUUUGAGAAAUUUCACCCUAAGUAAUCCAAAUAUCGGACAUCUUCGAAUCCUACUUCAUGGACCUGUCGGAGCUGGAAAGUCCACCUUUAUAAAUUCAAUCUACAGUGUCUUUCAGCACCGGAUAAGUAACAAAGUGAAAGCCGCACCAUCAACAUCCACAAGUUGCACAAAAACUUACAAAGGCUAUGAAAUCAAUUGUUCACCCUCUGGAACUUUGCCAAUCACCAUAGUUGAUUUUAUGGGUCUGGAAGAAACGGCACAAAAUGUUCAUCCUGAUGAUUUGAAAAAUGCGCUGCUUGGACAUUUGCCAGAUGGUUAUAAGUUCAAUCCUGCAAAGCCAUUGUCUUCAAAUGAUCCGCGCUACAUCAAGAACCCCUCAGAAGGAGAAAAAACACAUUGCCUAGUCUGUGUUGUGUCAGCCAACACUAUCUCGCUAAUGACUAAUGCGGCCAUUGACAAGAUGAAAAUGCUUUUGGAGGAAGCCAGUGAACUUGGAAUCCCUGGAGCUGUUAUCAUGACUAUGAGCGAUCUAACCUGUCCAGCUGUUAAAAGAGAUGUGAAAUAUAUCUACACAAGCAACAGAAUUAAAACGAAGAUGGAAGAAUGCAGUAACAGACUGCAAAUUCCAAUGACCUGCAUCUUCCCUGUGAAGAACUAUCAUGAGGAAAUAGAAACAAACGAUGACACAGACAUCCUCCUCCUGUUGGCACUGAAACAAAUUGCACAUUUUGCCAAUGAUUAUGUUGAAGACCUUGAACAACAGGAAUGAUCUGAAAAUUCUCUCCAAAUAACAGCUGACUAGAAAAUGAAAGAGAACAUUUCUUUGCAUAAUGACCAUGUUACAGAGAAUAGACAAUGUCGAAAAAUGGCUUUAUUUUACUUAACUAGCAAACAGCAUAAUAACCAGCUAAUGAGAUAAAUACCUGCUACUGUAUUAAUAUCAUGCUCUAUAAUCUAACAGUCUGUCAAUUCAAGACAGCUUACUUACAUUGCUCUUUCUAAGUGUGAAAGUGUCUUGUCUCUUUGAUUAGAAAAAAAAAAGAAAGCUACAUAGACUGAUCAGGCAUAACAUUAUGACCACUGACAGGUGAAAUGAAUAACACUGGUGAUCUCCUCAUCAUGGCACCUGUUAGUGGGUGGGAUAUAUUAGAGGCAGCAAGUCAACAUUUUAUGCUUAAAGUCGAUGUGUUAGAAGCAGGAAAAAUGGGCAAGCCUAGGGAUUUGAGCGAGUUUGAUGAAGGGCCAAAUUGUGAUGGCUAGACCACUGGAUCAGAGCAUCUCCAAAACUGCAGCUCUUGUGGGGUGUUCCCGGUCUGCAGUGGUCAGUAUCUAUCAAAAGUGGUCAGAGGAAGGAACAGUGGUGAACAGGCGACUGGGUCAUGGGCGGCCAAGGCUCAUUGAUGCAUGUAAGGAGCGAAGGCUGGACCGUGUGAUCCGAUCCAACAGACGAGCUACUGUUGCUCAAACUGCUGAAGAAGUUAAUGCUGGUUCUGAUAAAACGGUGUCCAAAUACACCGUACAUGAUGGGUCAGGGCUGUUUUGGCAGCAAAAGGGGGACCAACACAAUAUUAGGCAGGUGAUCAUAAUGUUAUGCCUGGUCAGUGUAAAUAAUCGUAAGAACUUACCAGAGUUUAACCUCAGAAGGCAUGUAGGGCAACUAGGCAUUCUUUGUAUUAUUCUGAUGUAUAGAUGUUUCCUUGAAUCACUGCAUCAUUUAACUGUACUUGCUGAGCUUGUUCAUUCAGUAAAUUAAACAAAUCUUUAUUAAAUGUUACAAAAUAACCAGGAGAUUUAGAUUAGAUCUCUGUCUCUUUGCUCUUGAAACAGUAAAUCAGACCAAAUGUGAGUGACAAAUCUUCCACUGUGUACAAACUAACUAUUUUCCUGUUCCUGUCAGCUUACCCUUAUUUUUCGUGCUGUCCUAAAGACAAAACGAAUAUCAUGCGUUUGUCUUUUCAUUACUGAUGCCUCUGUAAAAUAAAGACUGUUAGUCACGGUAACAAGACAAGAUUUACUCACAAAAUGAUUUACUCACCUUCACGUUGUUCCAAACCUGUACGCUGUUUUCAGUGAAAUACAAAAACAAUUAAAAAAAAAAAUGUUUACACAGCUAAACUAUAAAAGUCCAUUUUGAGUUUUAUGGAUAAUUUUCUCAGAAAAGUGAAUGA